AUAACAAGUUUACCAAACAACGCGGUAGCGAGGCCAAUCUUGCGCAAUAUUCUCAUUUCGGAAUCGCGGGCUUGAUCAGUGUCUGUACCGGUGCUCCAGAGCUCCGAACAAAGCCGAACUCCCUUUCCCCGUCCGUCGUCGAAGAACUUUGAAAUCAUCAUCAUGCAACACGGAGACUAUAGCUCAUCUCCUUAUUAUCAAUUCCCUCAGACGCAGAACCCAAUUCCCAAUCCUAAUCCCAACCCUAACCCUAUCCCUCCCGAUUCAGUGCCGAACCAGUACGCCUCCGCGCCCCCUUUCAUCUCUGAUUACUCGCCUUACGCCUCUACUUAUCCUCCAUACCCUCAAAAUCCCGAUCCCAUGUCAGUUCCUCCCACUGCUCCUUCGUACCCUCCAACCUCCAACCCUAAUUUGAACUCUUUAAGUUCUCCUCCUCAGCCCUCCUCUUUUCCUCCGUUUGAGUCCCAUGUCCCGUAUCAACCACCUCCACAACAACAAUGUCAAUAUCCCCCGUAUGAUCAACAUCAAACGACUCCAGGUUAUGCCCCUUCCUCAUCUGCAAUCCCUCCCAACACCGCCCCGAAUUCUUUAACCUCGUCUUUCUAUCCGGCUUCGUACACUCAUCCUGGAUCAUCGAUUCCCCCGACAUACGAAAGUCUGUAUGAGAAUUCCGUGAAAUUUGAUUAUGGCGGUGCUUAUGUCGAUGACAAAUAUGGAAGUUUUAAUCGGAGCCGGUCUGAUUUGGGGUCUGAUUUGUAUGGAAAGCGACCGGAUACGAGGCAUGAUACUGUUCGUGAGGAUAUUUAUGGAGAUGGUGUGUAUGCCUAUAGAGGGGUGGAAACGGAACCAUAUGGAGCGCGGGGUACGGCUUCUAAGUCUUCAACAUGGUCCGGUUUUGAUGAUUAUGGAAGGUCAAUUAGUUUUCCCUCUGCGAAGGAACCCUCUUUUUCAAACAAGGUUGUGAAAGCUGUGCCGAAGGCUGAUCCCCAAGAGGAUGUUAAAAGCGGAGUGCAAAAAUUUCGGGUCAAGCUAUUGGCAGAAAGUGGUGGUCAGAGCACUAUGGAUGUGCUCUGUCAGAUUGCUUUGGAUGGAAUUCGUAUGCUGGAUCCAAGUACCAGCCGGACAUUGAGAAUUUAUCCUCUCGAGAACAUCGCGAGAUGUGAAAAAUUCGAUUCGACCACCCUUGCAUUUUGGUCCAAGAGUCCAGUUGACAUUGAGCCAAGACGAAUCAGACUGCAAUCCAAUAGCUACACCACCAACACUCUGUUGGAUACAGUUACGGCUGCAACCAUACAGUUCAAGGAAAUGGGUGGAAGUAGGAGGCCUGCUGAAUCAUUGAAAACUAAUGAACAACCUAUAGAAAAGAAGAAAGGCAUUGUUGAUUGGAUGAAUCUGGUUAAACCUGCGAAUGAGGAGAAAGAUCAUUGGGUCCCGGAUGAAGCAGUUUCAAAAUGCACAGCAUGUGGGACUGAUUUUGGGGCUUUUGUUCGUAAGCAUCACUGUAGGAACUGUGGUGAUAUUUUCUGUGACAAAUGCACACAUGGCAGAAUUCCUCUAACUGCUGAUGAGAAUGCUCAGCCAGUACGAGUUUGUGACCGAUGCAUGGCAGAAGUGACACAGAGGCUCAGUAAUGCUAAAGAGGCUGCAAACAAGCCUGUAUUGCAAAGUCAUGAGGAUCUUGCAAGAAAACUCCAGGAGGAGCUGGAGAGGAAUCGGAGGACAUCAGGUUCCAAGUCUGAUGGAUCGGGAAGACGGAUGAAGGAAGUUGAAUGCCCUACUUGCACAGUCCAUCUGCAGGUCCAAGUACCUAGCUCAGGUUCAGAGACCAUUGAGUGUGGGGUUUGCCAGCACCCAUUUCUUGUGAGCGUUUGAGUUCGGAUGAAUUUGGUACAUAAGGUGUCUAUACGGGUCAACAUUUUUAUCGAGUUAUUUUACUGAUUGAUUUCUUGCGCAAUAACCAUUGGUGGUUGGAAUUGUUGUUUGAGCAUUAAUUUCUUCGGCUUGUUUCGCGGACUACGUUGGGUUGUGUUUUUCUUUCUCUUCUUUUAGCUUGGUAUGCACAAAUGUUCUCAUCUUUACUGCUGAAAAUUGCCCUUCCUUGCUUUGUUUUAUGGACGCUAGACAUUCAUGUACAGCCAUAUUCAAAAUCUUAAUAUAACUUAACUCUUUUGAAACGA